AUGGACACAGACACAGGCAUGCACCAAAACCAGCACAACAACCAACAGUUCAAAAUCCAACACAACAACCACCUCCACAACAACAACCACAACCAACACAACAACCAACAGUUCAAAACACUGCACCACAACCAACAGAGCAAAACACUGCACAGCAACAACCACAAACAGAGCAAGGACAUAAAAGAAGUAGAGAACAAGGAAACCAAGAUUUCUUAA